AUGAUUAGAAAGAAACUUGAAAAUUUGAGAAGAGAAAGAACUAAAAAAAUGUAAAAUCUUUUACCUGCAAUUGUUGCAGAUAGAAUGGCACCUUCAUUCUUUUAUUAUAUGUUUGAGCCAUAUGUUGAUUUUAAGAAAAUUGCACGAUCAGAUACAGCUUAAGUGUAACUUUCUACUCCUGAAAAUGCAAUUGCAAAAGGCAGAAGAUGUGCAGUAUAAGCAGCUCGUAAAUCUAAAGCUUUAUAGAUGAUGGGCAAUCAAUUAAAACUUACAGUAGAUGAAUAAAUUGAAUCAUUUGCUGCACCUGAAGAAAAGGGAAAUCCAAUUAAAUUUGAACCAUAUUCUCUAUAAAGAGCUGCUCUGUAUGAUAAAGGUUGUAUUACAUGUGGUGGUCCAAAUAUUAAUGUCACUUAUCAUGGUGAAAGACAUAUUUGUUUGAAAUGUAGAGAUCAUAUAACAACAUUGGAUGGAGAUCCAGUUCUUAUAUUUUAAGAUGAUGAUGGUGAAGUAUGUGUUGUUGGAAUUUCAGAUAAAAAGAAACUCUAUUUUGUUUAACUUGAUGAACUAAAAAUUAAUGGUUAUCGAUGCUAUGUCACUUUUAGUAAUGAGAAUGAAAUAAUUUGUUUAUUACAUGACUCUUUAAAUGAUAAAUAGAAAAAGGAUUUAGUUCCUCCAAGUGCUUUAUGGUAAGCUGAAAAAGAUGAAUAAAUUAGAAAACCAAAAGGCAAAAACUUUGUCAUUCUUAAUAAACAGCGUGUUCUGAAAUGA